AUGGAUGAUGAUGAUUUAUGUGUUGGAGGUGUUACAGCUAAUCGACCAAAACAAGAAAUGAAAGAUAUGAUUGGCAUGUUUGUUAAUCUUGUACCAUAUCGAAUGAAAAUGGAAGCAAAGAAUUCAUUUGAAUAUCUGAUACGAAAAAUACAACAAUUAAGUAGUGAUUUUCUCGAACAUUCUUGUUUACCUUAUCAACAUAUUAUUAAUUCACAAGAUCAACAAAAUCAUCAAGUAUUACCUUCAACAUUAUUUCAAUAUGAAUCUUUAGUAUCAUCAGUGACAGCAAAGAAUAAUAUUGAAUCUAGUACUAUUAAAGGAAAUUAUGUUCUUGCUGUUUAUUUUGAUCGAGAUCGAUCACAUGAAUGUUUUCUUGAUUGUUCGAUUGAUACAUUUAAAAGCCAAACUAAUGUUGAUCUACUUGCAAAUCGUUUUCAACAUAUGCUCAAACAACUUUUCUCUUCUUCUUCUUCUUCAGUUAUUCAUGAACCAAUCUAUAAAUUAUCCAUUGUUCUUCCAACUGAACAAGAAUUUAUUCAUCAAAUGAAUAAUACAGAUAUAUCUACAUCUUAUUCAUGGCCAAAUACUGUUCACGAAUGUUUUGUUCAACAAGCACAAUUAUAUCCACAAAAAUUAGCUCUUGAACUAGAUGGACAAUCACUUACUUAUAGUGAAUUAUUAUAUUCUGUAUAUUGUUUAACAAAUUAUUUAACUGAUAAAAUUCAACCAAAUGAAAUUAUAUGUCAAUGUGUCGAACGAUCUUUUGAAAUGAUUAUUGGUAUGUUAGCAAUCUUAUCAAGUGGUGCAGUUUAUUGUCCAUUAUCACCUUUGGAUCCACCAGAACGACUUAAAACUCUUAUUGAAGAUACAUCUGCAAAGACUCUUCUUAUUCAUAGUUUUACUUGGCAAACAAUUCUAAUGACUUAUACAUCAUGUAAUCUUAUUAUAACAGAUUCGUUUAUUAUGUUCAAUCAUAUUAAUUAUAAUAAUGAUCAUCGUAUUACCAAGCCAAUAUCUGUUACAUCUGAUAAUAUAGCUUAUAUUAUUUUUACAAGUGGAACAACAGGAAUACCUAAAGCAGUUGUUAUUUCACAUUCUCAUCUACUUUUAUAUCUUCAAUCUUCUGUUGAAGUUGAUGCAUUACGUACAACUGAUAGAGCUAUACAAUUAUCAUCAUGUACUUGGGAUGUUCAUAUUCAUGAAGUAGUUGGUACUCUUCUUGUGGGUGGUACUGUUAUACUUUUACGUUCAGAACAAGGCAAUCGUAAUAUGGAUUAUUUAUCUCAAAUUAUUAAAAUUCAUCAAGCAACAUAUAUUUGUAUUGUUCCUACAUUACAAAUUCUUUUGUUUGAUAUUGUACAAGCACAAAAAGCAGUUCAGCGACCCAAUACUCUUCGUUUAAUAUGGUCUGUAGGUGGACCAAUCUCAUGUCGUUUUAUUGCUCGAAUUCUACCUAUGUUACCUAUUGGAUGUCAAUAUAUAAAUUUUAGUGGUGCAACAGAAGUGAGAAGUGAAUAUCGAAUUCGAAUUCAUUAUGGUCCAGCUGAACUUACUAUUAAUUGUAUCAAUCAUCCAAUUGAUCUCAAUAAAAAUCAAAUAGAUAUUCCGAUAGGUCAACCUUUUCCUAAUUAUCAAUUUUUAAUAUUAGACAUGUUCUUACAAACUGGUGGUAUUGGACAGGAAGGAGAAUUAGGUGUUGGUGUUUUUGCUGGAUAUCUUGAUCGUGAUGAUUUAACAGCUCAAGUAAUGAUUAAUAUUAAUGAGCAAGUAUUUUAUAAAACAGGUGAUCUUGUUCGAAUGGAUAGCAAUGGAUUUAUUCAUUAUGUUGGUCGGAGAGAUUUUCAAGUGAAACUACGUGGACAACGUAUUGAAUUACAAGAAAUUGUACAAUGUUUACUUAUGUUAACAUCUAUUACUACAUGUGUUGUUAUCAAAUGGGAUGAUAAUCAUCUUAUUGCUUAUGUUCAAAGUGAUACCAUUAAUGUUGAACAAUUACGUCAUCAUUGUCAAUCUAAUCUACCAUCACAUAUGGUUCCAUCAAUAUUUGUUAUACUUUAA